CACUACGUCAGAGAGAGGAGAAGGAGAGAGAGGGAGAGAGAGAGAGAAGCUGCGGACACGGCAGCAACGCACCAAGGAAGCGAGACGAGCCUCGUUUGUCGUCGCAUCGUCCCCGGCCUCCCGUCGACGAGCCGCUCCUGAGCGGACGAGACCGGGGUUCAACAAGCGGAGAGGAAGACGAGCGGAGGAGCAGCUCUGAGCACAGCUGGGGAGAAUUCAAUCCAUGCAGAGGAUCCAUCACAGCGUUCACGCUGAACUCUGCCCUGUGGAUGUGUCUGUUCUCUGCUCUCUUUUUUCGCUUGUGACUCAUUCACUGGAUCGGACGUUCAUCUUUUGGAGCGUCUCACAUCAACUUCUGCCUGGGAGGUGACGGACGUGCAGCUUUGUCUUCCUUGUGAACCCAUCCACCGCAGAGCUCAACUGAAACCUCUUCACUUUGUUUCUGUUUUGCAUGCCGUCGUCAUCUCACCUGCUUCUCUUUUCCUGAAAUCAUUCGGUUUCUUGUAACAGAGAGAGAAAAGGGUUCCCGACUGAGUGUGUGUUGGUCUCUCUGCGAUACAUCACUGUGUCUCUUCUGGGGAAGAUGGGAUCAGAAAAGGACUCUGAGUCGCCUCACUCCUCUGUGAGCGGCGUCCCCAACCCCAAGUGCCGCGCGGCGGGCAAACGCCACAGCCGCAUCUCCUUCCACAGCCUCUUCCACAGCAAGCGGGGCUCUCGUGGCUCCAGGGGCCCCAAAGGAGCGGCCGCCGCCGCCGCCGCCACCACCACCACCACCACCACCCCUUUGUCCCUCCACCACCAACCGAAUCACACGCAACAACAGCUACUGCCCACUGCCUCCAUCUCGGAGUCCACCGCGCAUGCGACCACAACAACAGCGGCCGCCGCCGCAGCAGCGGCUGAGGCCACCACGACCCCCGAGGACCCCCCUUACAGCCCGCCAUCAAAGCCGCUCUCCUCCAGCCAGCUGUCCCUGGGCGGAGCCGCGUCCCCGGGGGAGGCCGACUUCCUGGAGUGCCCCCUGUGCCUGGUGCGGCAGCCCGCGGAGCAGCUCCCCGAGCUGCUGGGCUGCGGCCACCGCUCCUGCCUCUGCUGCCUGCGGCAGUACCUCCGCAUCGAGAUCACGGAGAGCCGAGUCCAGCUCAGCUGCCCCGAAUGCGCCGAGAGGCUGUCCCCGCGGCAGGUAGCGGACAUCUUGGAUGACGCGGCCCUGUUGGACAAGUAUGAGGAGUUCCUGCUGCGGAGGUGCCUCGCCUCCGACCCCGACUGCCGAUGGUGCCCUGCGCCCGACUGCGGAUUUGCCGUCAUUGCCUCGGGGUGUGCCAGCUGUCCCCGGCUGGUGUGUCGCCGAGAGGGAUGCGGCGCCGAGUUCUGCUACCACUGCAAGCAGGCCUGGCAUCCCAACCAGACCUGCGACUCGGCCCGCCAGCAGAGGGCCCAGUCCCUGCACACCCACAGCGCCCACUCCCCCAGCUACAUACAGGAGCAGGGACCCGCCGAUGACAUCAAGCCUUGCCCUCGCUGUGGUGCCUACAUUAUCAAGAUGAACGAUGGGAGCUGCAAUCACAUGACCUGCGCCGUGUGUGGCUGUGAGUUCUGCUGGCUGUGCAUGAAGGAGAUCUCCGACCUGCACUACCUCAGCCCAUCUGGCUGCACAUUCUGGGGGAAGAAGCCUUGGAGCAGGAAGAAGAAGAUUUUGUGGCAGCUGGGCACCUUGAUCGGAGCUCCGGUCGGCAUCACCCUCAUCGCAGGCAUCGCCGUUCCCGCCAUGGUCAUCGGCAUCCCUGUUUACGUCGGCCGCAAGAUCCACGCCCACUACGAGCUGAAGAAGGAGUCUCGUCACAGGAGGAACCUGGCCAUCACUGGAGGCGUGGCCCUGUCCAUCAUCACCGCCCCCGUCAUCGCGGCUGUCAGCGUUGGUAUCGGUGUGCCCAUCAUGCUGGCCUACGUGUACGGCGUGGUGCCCAUCUCUCUGUGUCGGGGAGGCGGCUGCGGGGUCAGCCGAGGGAAGGGACGAGGUGUGCGCAUUGACUUCGAUGAAGACAACGGUCCAAUCACAGUGGCGGAUGCGUGGCGAGCCCUCAAGUCGCCGAGCCUCGGCGAGAGCAGUCUGGACGGGGCGCUCAGCGCUCUGAGCACCACCUCCCCCAGCGAGGGGCUCUCGGGGGCCCCUGGGACUCUGGGUGACGCGCACCACUUUAACGCAUUGGCAGGCGGCGCCCUCGGAGCACGCAGCAGCAAGUACAGCAGGCUGGAGGGGCAGGCGGGGGAGCUGGCUAAAGACUCCGCCCAGAGGGAGACAGGCAGCCUGGGAGCAGGGAGCGACUGUGCCAGCACCCGUGGGAUGGCCGGAUCCAUCAUCUCGUCCUACACGCUGCCCGACAGGGAGUGCACCAACCUGGAGAUCCAGGUGGACAUUGAGACUAAACCCAGCCACCUCUGCCUGACCAGCGAAGAUGACCUCACCCCGCCUCCGUGCGCCGCUGCCAUGGCAACGGCUUCAGGAGUGGAGGAGCCACAGGACUGCAGCUCCCGGCGGGGCGGAGCUCUGUCCGGGUCGGCGCUGGAACUCUCCCUCGGCGUGUCCAUCAGGGACGGGCUCAGAGACGUCACACUGGCUCAGCCGGAGAGCAUCCGCAGCGACCUGGAGAUGUCGGACACUCAGUCGGACGACAUCGCCGAGCUGACGUCGGACGACUGUGACUCGCCUCACCCGAAGAGCUGCCGCCUGGCAGCCGGGCAGCGGCCCCCGUCCUGCCGAGCCCUGAACGCCUCGGAUGGCCUCCUCUGUCCCGCCGACAGUAACGUCAUCCUCUACGUCUGAGCUCUCUGCAGCGCCCACAAAAGGACCGUUUCAUCUGAGCUCUCUUUAAUCCUUCGCAGUUAUUUUCCCUUCAUCGUGUUUCGUUUGCUGCUUUUGCGACUCCCGGACGGCCCCUUAAACACGGGCAGGUUUGUUCACUUCUGUCCGUCCGUCUGAUCUAUCUGCCUGUCAAGCUCCUCGCUGAGUCAAUUGUCAGGGUUCUACCUCUAAGAUUUGUGAGAUGAUGAUUUAUGUUUACUCCUUGGUGCAGAACGUCUUGGCUACUUGAGCAAAAGAGAAAAAAAAAAGAAGAAAAAAAAGGUACACAUUUUACACAAGAUAUAUGUCGCAAUUCUGAAAUUAGGUGAAAAGUCCCGGGGCAAAGAGGAGGGAAGACGAAUAUUUGCCUGGGAUGCAAGGAGAUGUUACUAACCAUGUGUGAAUGAAUGUGGACUUCUAAUGUGGCUUUACUUUCUCCUCUUUCUCACGAUUUACAUUGAGACGACCUGGAAGUUGUGUUAUUUGCUGCUCUGCGCGCGUGUGUCUGCGUGAGCCAUGCCUUGUGAGACGGGUUCAAAAAGGGCCGGUGAGCUUCUGUAACACUGGUAUAGGUUUACUUUAUGAUGAAGCUACACUUGAAUCUCACUUUCCCUGCACAAAGGAGGAGUUUUGAUUUACAGAAAUGCGACUGAGUUGUGACAACGAUGAGACGAGGCCAGAGUACGUCACGUUGAAAUGCACUGAGAGAAGCUGUUAUCAACCAGUGAGAUAGAACAAGUAAUAAUAUCAUAUAUUACCAAGAUAAACAGUAAUAAUAUCAUUCACAAAAAAAGGAAUCGGUAAUAAUCUAAUGUAUACUGGUAAAAAAAACAAAUACAUUUGAAAUCGAUUGGCUUGAAAAAUAAGGAGAUAAGUAAUCAGUAAUUAAAAUACCUUUUUAGAUUACUUUGACUCCUAGUCAUUUAAUUCUCUCAGUCAUUUAACUACGUAAUUUGUGAUUGUUGUCAAAAGCUGGAUCUGCCUUGUCUCAACUCUCUACCUGUGUGUGUGUGUGUGUGUGUGUGUGUGUGUGUGUGUGUGUGUGUGUGUGUGUGUGUGUGUGUGUGUGUGUGUGUGUGUGUGUGUGUGUGUGUGUGUGUGUGUGUGUGUGUGUGUGUGUGUGUGUGUGUGUGUGCGUGUGUGUGGUCUCAUUGAUAUCACCUGUGUGUGUCCUGACCGGACCGCUGUCUGACAGUCGGCUGCCUUAUAGACACUCACUGACCAACACACAACAACAGGACCAGUCCGGCCCACUUGAACGCUGUGUGUGUGUCUGUGUGCGUGUGCGUAAAUGAACUAACGGACUCUUGAUGAAUGUAUUUGUCCUAUUUGGUUUUUUGAAUGAGCACUGAGCACUUUAUCUGGAAUUUAUUGUAUUUAUCUUCCUUUUUUUUUUUUGCUGUUUAUUAUCUUUUACUACAAGUGACUUAAGUUGCAAACGAAAGUCUGGGGUACAACCAAAAUAAAUCACCUACCCGAGGGCCUUUUAUGUUGGAUGUAACUAGAGGAGAGUUUGCCUCAAAAGGGUUUGAUAUUGCCACAAAUGCUUCCUUGGUUACCUUUAAGGCGUCUGUGUGUAUGCAUUGGUACUCUGGCGGCAUCUAGUGCCGAGGUUGAAGAUCGUGAAAGAACUGAAUCGUGUCCCUGUACGACAUGCGCUUACUGGGCCCAUCAACAGCCAGUGUUUAGUUUGUCUCUUCUGGGCUACCGUAAGAACAUGGCGGACUCUGAGAAGAGGGCCCGUAACUUUUAUAUUGAUACAAGUCUUAUUCAAAGUUAACACGAACACAACCACUCUUAUUUUAAGAUGAUUGUACAUGAAUGGAAACCAUUUCUGCCAGUAACCCCCCCCCCCCCCAAAAAAAGAUUCAUACUGGCCCUUCAAACAUAAUGAGCAUCCCCAGUGUUUUUAGCAAUGAUCCAAGGACUGUUUGUAUCUUCUUUUACCAAAAUUCAUCAUCCUUUGGAGCCAAACACUUCUAAAUCACACCCACUAGCUUUCUUCACUUUAUCACCUCUAUGCUUCAGUUAAAACCGGUUUCCCACCAGGUUUCUUUCAUCUGCAGGGGAAUCGACUCGGGAACCUUCUUCAUGUGGCAGCAGCUCUGUGGAUCGAGCUGCUCAUGUAGUGUUUUGUAUGGUUGGAACUUAUCGCUCGUUUUGGCCUAUGGGAAGAAAGAAAACCACCCGAAUGUACACGGUCGGACAGCCCAACUUCCUGAUGAGUGUUAAUGGAAAAGUCCUAUUCAGAACACAGGCGGUCCCGUCCUUUAUCAAGAGGUUUUUCAGUAUAGAGAGAGAGAGAGCAAUAUUUAAGUGUUAUGGUAUUGUUUGUGUAUUUCCUGUCACUGUUAAAGCCCUGUCCUGUGUAAGGGUUGUACAUGCAGCAGUGUGAAAGACAACUUGUGGACCUUUAGGGAAAUAAAUAAACACAAUCUGAUGUUGCACCCAA